AUGGCCAACACCCUGAAAUCUAUGCCAUCCGUCAAAUUGAAUGACGGCACGUGUGUUCCCCAGCUUGGAUAUGGCUGCGGCACAGCUUGGUAUAAGAAGGAAGGGGACACUAGUAUCAACCGAGAGCUCGUUGAAUCCAUCAAAGAUGCUAUCCGACUGGGGUAUCUCCACCUUGAUGGUGCCGAGACUUACAGAACUGAGCCUGAGCUUGGUCUUGCCAUCAAGGAGAGUGGCGUGGAACGAGAUAAGCUAUUCGUAACCACUAAGGUGAGCGUAAACAUCGCAGAUAUUCCGAGGGCAAUCGACGCAAGUCUAGAAAAGCUUCAGCUGGAUUACGUUGAUCUGUAUCUAAUUCACUCGCCUUUUUUCGCCAGCUCAUCUAGCGACCUUCAAACAGCCUGGGCUGCUAUGGAGCAGGUGAAGGCCGCUGGAAAGGCACGGUCAAUUGGCGUGUCUAAUUUCCUGCAAAGCCAUUUGGAGGCUAUUUUGGAGACAGCCACAGUUCCGCCAUCCAUCAACCAGAUUGAAUUCCAUCCCUAUCUACAGCAUGGCAAUCUACUCGACUUUCAUAAGAGCCAAGGCAUCCAAACAGCAAGCUAUGGGCCUUUAACUCCUAUCAUCCGAUCAAAGGGAGGGCCAGUGGAUGACCUGCUGCCACAUCUGGCCAAAAAAUAUGCAGUCAGUGAAGGGGAGAUCCUCCUGAGAUGGUCCAUAGACCGUGGCUGUAUAACAAUCACGACUAGUAGCAAAGAAUCCCGCUUGAGCAGCUAUUUGCGCGCCUUAACCUUUCAGUUGACUCCUAGGGAGAUUGAUGAUAUUUCCGCUGCGGGGCAGCAGAAGCAUUUCAGGGCAUUUUGGCAGGGAAAGUUCGCGUCAGAAGAUCGUUCGUGA